CAAAUAGCCCCGAGCUCUAUUCGUAGUCAUCCAACUGUUUCUGAUACUCACUACUAUCCUUGAUAAACACAUAUACGCCUAUGUCAGCCAGACAUGCCAGACAACGUAAAAGUAGUCGUAGUCGGUGACGAGGGCGUGGGCAAAUCAGCACUCAUUCUACGACUCUGCUUCGACCAUUUUUCCAACACACAUGAAGCCACAGCGGACGAUAGUAUCCGCAAAUCCACCGUAGUCGACGGUAAAGAGUGCGAACUCGAUAUCAUAGACACCGCCGGUCGAGAGCAGUACGCCACGCUAAUCGAGGAAUGGAUUCGACAGGGCGAAGUCUUCGUUUUGGUUUUCGAUGUCGCAUCCCAGGAAUCGUUCACUCAUGUUCGAAAAUACUACGAUCAGGUCCGAAAGAUCAAGGAGGUUGUAGAUGACCACUCGAUAAACCCACCUGCUACGUAUCCAGGCCCGCCGUAUUUUGCGCCCUUGAUCUUAGUCGGGAAUAAGAGUGACCUGCAACAUGAGCGAACUGUGUCGGAAUCCGAGGGCAUGGGGCUCGCUAAAGAGUUGUGCGGCGAGUAUGUUGAGGCUUCUGCUAGGGAUAAUGUUAAUGUUGAGGCGGCGUUCAAUCAGGCAGUUCGAAAGAUUCGGGCGCGUCGAUAUGAGGCUGAUCAUUCGCUUUUCUCGCACGCGGAUGGGGCUGCAACGACGACGAAGCGGUAUAGGCCGUUUCAUCGGAGGCAUCCUAGUGGCUGUCAUUGUGUUAUCCUAUGAUGAUGGGGGUGGGUAUCAUUUUUAGAUAUCAUUAAAGAUUCAUGCGUUUUGAGGUUGGUGUACUCUGAGUUCUAGAUGGAAAUUCCCCCAGCAUCAGGUAUAUGUGCUGGCCAAAUCCCUGGGAUAUGGAAUCUUUACGUGUCAUGUCCACUUUUUCCUUUUACGUAUUUGUAUGAUAUUAUGAUCCCUUACUAUCAAGAUAGUAUAGACGAACGAACAGAUACCGAGAGGAUGAUGUUAGAUACCGUUCAUUGU